UGGAGAGCACCGUGAGGGGUGUGCCUUCGGUUCCAAAAUGCCACGGCUUGUCACCCAGGUUGAAUUUUGGUUUCAAACCCGGCUCUGACAGGAUCCUGAGACCCCUGGCCAUCCCCACAGCGCAUCCCCACAGCGCAUCCCCAGCUGCCACGCACUGCAGACUCGGAUCUCAGGACGAGACUGGGUUUGCUGUCACUCUGUCGCCGCCGGGACAGGUCAGGAUCCAGGCAAGGGUUUCGGCCUUGUGGCCUCUACCCGACCACCUAAUUCCGCCGCCCCAGCCAUGGCACAGAAACCCAAGAUAGACUCCCACGUCGGGCGGCUAGGCUACCUGCAGGCGCUGGUCACGGAGUUCCAGGAGACCGAGAGCCAAGUGCCGUUUCUCAUUGCAGACGCCAAAGAGCAAGUCCUCGCCAACCUUGCCAACUUCGCUUAUGACCCGGGCAACUAUCCGUACCUACGGCAACUGCAAGUCCUGGACUUAUUCCUCGAUUCUCUGUCAGAAGAGAAUGAAACCCUAAUCAAGUUUGCUAUUGGGGGACUCUGCAACCUGUGUCCCGACAAGGCCAACAAGGAGCACAUCCUGCAGACAGGCGGCGUCCCACUCAUCGUCAACUGCCUGUCCAGUCCUAACGAGGAGACGGUGUUAUCCGCUGUCACCACACUCAUGUACCUCAACUCCCCAGGCACCCGCGCCCAUCCUGAACUCACCUCCCUGCCCGUGGUCCAGUGCAUGCUGCGCUUUUCUCUCUCAGCCAACACAAGGCUCAGGAACUUGGCCCAGAUAUUCCUAGAGGAUUUCUGCUCCCCAAGCCAGGUGGCUGAGGCCCACAGCCAGCAGGCCCAUUCUGCCCUGGGUAUCCCACUGCCAAAGGCUGAGGCCCCACAGCAGCCCUGAUCCAAGGACACUUCGAGAUCCUGCCACCUUCUGUUCGAGACCAGCCCUGGCACAGGCAUAGGAAGCAGAAGGCUGAUCCUGAGCCCAUCCUGCCCAGGUGGUGCUGUUCAGCUGCAUGCAGGCUGCAGUCUCAGCAUGACGGGCAUUUACAUCUAGGAAAAGCAGCAGGCGUGACGAAGCCAGACUUGAGAUGCUUGGAGAAAACCAAAGCUGGUAUGGCUUUCAUGGACUGGCUCUCAAUAAACUACAGACAGAACCACCCACCUCUGGUGCCCCCAGUGCCCAGCUAAUACCCUCGUGUAAGAAGCUGCGCACCUGGGAGAGUGGCCAGUACCGUAAGUGUCCAGAGUAAUUUUCAUGGCGAAAAUGCCGUGGGUUAACCCCUCCAGUGUUGAGGCUGAGUAUCUGGGCACGGUAGCAUUGACUCGGAUAGCUCUGCAGACCUGAAAUGACUGUCCACACAACCCUGCUCUCUGCUAGGCUCCCUAUGAGGGAUGCAGAGGUGAAGUCUCUUCCCACGGGUGUCACAGUUCAAUGGGUGUUAACUAAAGGCCACUGGGCAUCAGGAGCAAAGCCCUGCAGGUGCGAGCAGGAUAAAGGACAGCUGCGUGCACAGGGGCACGCCUUGUCUCUCUGGGGAGGCCUACAGAGGAUCCUGGGAUGUAGACAGUAGCAUCAGCUCCAGUGUGCCAGGCUGUGAACCUCUCAUGUACCAGCUGCCAAGUGUGGCCUCCCUGUCCCUUCAGAAGAGUUGUUCUGGCUCCCUUUGCCUGUGAGUCGAGUCUUCUGACACUUUGGUGGCUGCCCUGGACAUGAACCCUUCAUGGGCUAUCCCAAUCUGCUCCCUGCCAUUCUCUCAGGAGCCGUGAACCUCCAGUAGGUGCUGCCAGCCCCUUAGGACUUGGAUGCAGACCUUCAGUAAAAACACCUAGAAACUAGAUGCCCAAGAACCACAGCGGCUCAACCUGUGAUCUGAUCCCUUGAGAGACAGAAGCAGGAGGAUGGCGAUGAGUCUGGUCCAGCCCACCUAGUGAGUUCCUGACCAACUUGGGCCAUGGAAUAAGAUCCUGUCACAAAGGUUCUGUAACUGGUGACCCUGCCCUCCUCUGCCAAUGAGAAGAAAACAAAAAAAAAAAAAAAAAAAAGCUAGGGGAAAAGUGUAAAGUGUAUGCCUGACAAGAAGUUGGGGUUUAGGAGAAAUGGGGGCCCUGAUCACUCAGCAUUGUCCUCCCUUGACAGAGCUAGAAGGGCUGGAGGGGGGCUGGCCGUACAGCCACUGGAUGAAGGAAGGAGGGGAACCUCUACCAGUGCGGCUGUCCCUCCCCCAGGAACUAGCCCUCUCCUGUCCCAGGAAAAGGGGCUUCAAAGAACCAAAGCCUUGCAUUUGGUUUUUAUUUUUAUUAAAAAUCUCUUGAUUUUCUCACUGUA